UCUAUACAGUAAAACCCGGUGCAGCUGACAGCGAUUCACGCAUAGACUCAAUCAAUUACACCGGCGGCUUUCAUACUGCAUUUGGAGCGUUUGGGGGUUAUAAGUGAUAAAGACUGCAUGUGCUCAUCAUGAUGGGGGUCUGUCACGUUUCACAUCUUGAUCUGUAGAUUAGAGGAACAGGGCAAAAGUUCCGACCGAGGAAGUUGAACUGAAGUCCAUGUUAGCCAACAGCGCUAGCUCAGCUCAAACGACACUUAUUUGAUAUUUACAUGCUGUUUAAUUCACUAUAGUGGAUAUGUAAAGGUGUAAAUAGUGUUUAUAGCUACUUGCAUUGAGUUUUUGUGUCGCACAGUUCGUUUUUUACUUAAGUGAGUUUAUUAGCUUGACAUUUGCUAGCUGUUACUUUGAACUACCUCUUCUGUCAGGUCGAAAGUUUGCGAAAUUAUUUACCAUAGCGUGUUUUACGUUAGUUUACGCACAAAAUAUUAACAUAACAUUGCUCUUUGCCUUUAUCUAAAGGAGUAGGAAUCUAAAGGUAUUGCUCAGGAGACAUGUUAACUUUCUCUCAGAUGUUUCACCUAAAAUUCCUUAGCAGGAACAAAAAUAGAAAAUACAUUAUUGACCUAUAGAAACAGUGUAGAGCUAUAAAAUUAAUGUGGAUAGCAUAGCUCAAAUCAUUUGUUCUUGGACAAAUUUGACGAGAAAGAUUUAUAUUGAGUUCUCUGACUUUUCAUAGCAUACUUUGAUACCUUUGCAAAUCUGAGAACAGUUUGGGACAUUGUUGAGACCUCUACCGAAACUCUUGAGGAGGCACGUGUGAGAUUACUCAAGAUAUUACUCUGCUGUCUCAGAAACAUUUUAGAUUUCCUAUGAAUUGACCAACACGAAAAAAGUUUAGUUUGACAUGCGGUCAGUUUGCAUAAAUUGAAAUUGAAAUCGUUUAUAGGCCUUUUCAAUUAGUUUACAUGAAUAAAUGUUAAUAUAGCUGUGUACAUUAGAGAUAUCUACUUUCCAGUAACUUUUGUCAGUAUCAGUAAGCUCAAUCAAAAUGUCUGUGUACUCAAAAUUGCCCUCCCAGCUCAAGAAACCCCUUGCGAGAAAGAUGGUUCUCCUCCUGGUCGCUCUAUACGGGGCGAAGAAACUUUCCCCUUAUGUAUAUGGCAGGCUUAAAGGAAUGACUAGUAAACAGGUUAAUGACUCUGACCCGGUUACCUCCAAAGGAGAAUCCCAAGACGUUGCAGAGAGCAGAAAAAAGAAAAACUCCCCAGCUGUGAACCGUGAAUUCUUGGAGAGAUUGAGCCAUCUCUUGAAAAUCCUCUUUCCUCGUUUUUUCUGCAAAGAACUCAGCCUUCUUGGCUUCCACUCUCUCGCCCUCAUUUCACGCACCUUUCUGUCCAUUUACGUGGCCAACUUGGAUGGGAAAAUUGUGAAAACCAUUGUGAAGAAAGACCCCAGGGCGUUUGUGGUGGAGUUAACCAAGUGGCUGCUCAUUGCCAUUCCUGCCACGUUUGUGAACAGUGCCAUCCGUUACCUGGAAGGUCAGCUCUCCCUUGCCUUCCGCACCAGGCUGGUCACCCAUGCCUACAUGCUAUAUUUCAGUGACCAGACGUACUAUCGUGUCAGCAACAUGGAUGGUAGAUUGGCAAACCCUGACCAGUCCUUGACAGAAGAUAUGGUCAUGUUUGCUGGCUCUGUGGCUCAUCUGUACUCAAACCUAACCAAACCUAUUCUCGACGUGGUGGUCACCUGUUACACGCUCAUAAAAGCUGCUGAGUCCAAAGGUGCCAACACCACAUGGCCCUCCAUCAUAGCUGGCAUAGUGGUGGCACUUACUGCCAAGGUUCUGAGAGCGUUCUCGCCCCGCUUUGGUAAACUGGUGGCUGAGGAGGCCAGGAGGAAAGGGGACCUGAGAUACAUGCAUUCACGUAUUAUCGCCAAUUCAGAAGAGAUCGCCUUCUAUGGGGGACAUAAGAUCGAGAUGCUGCAGCUGCAGCGGAGCUACAGCUCGCUGUCCGAGCAAAUUAACCUGAUCCUGUUCAAGAGAUUGUGGUAUGUCAUGCUGGAGCAGUUCCUGAUGAAAUAUCUCUGGAGCGCAUCGGGCCUGGUUAUGGUUGCUGUGCCCAUCAUCACUGCCACCGGAUACUCUAAAUAUGAUUCAGAGGAUGUGAAGCAAGCAGCCCUGGUGAUGAAAGAAGAGGACUUGGUGAGUGAACGCACACAGGCCUUCACCACAGCCCGAAACCUUCUGAACGCUGGAGCUGACGCUGUGGAGAGAAUCAUGAGCUCCUACAAAGAGGUCACAGAACUGGCUGGAUAUACGGCCCGUGUCUAUGAGAUGUUCGAGGUGUUUGAGGAUGUGCGUGUCGGGGUGUACCGCCGCUCAGCUGUUGAGGUGAAGCCGGAGGAGAUGGGGGCGGCUCAGGAGGUGAAACAUGGCAUGAGAGUGGAAGGACCGCUCCAGAUCAGAGGUCAAGUGGUCGAUGUGGAACAGGGCAUCAAAUGUGAGAAUCUGCCCAUUAUAACCCCUACUGGUGAUGUGGUGGUUUCCUGUCUAAACAUCCAGGUUGAUGAAGGAAUGCAUCUGCUCAUCACAGGACCAAACGGUUGUGGAAAAAGCUCUCUGUUCAGAAUCCUAAGCGGUCUGUGGCCUGUCUACAGUGGAGUUCUCUACAAGCCUUCACCUGAACACAUGUUUUAUAUACCUCAACGGCCAUACAUGUCGGUGGGAACACUGCGAGAUCAGGUUAUCUAUCCUCACUCUGUUCAAGAGAUGCAGGAGAAAAACGUCACUGACCAGCAACUGGAGGACAUCCUUAAAACUGUGAACCUCUGCUACAUCCUGGAGAGAGAGGGAGGAUGGGAUGCUGUGAGCGAUUGGAAGGACGUGUUGUCUGGAGGAGAAAAGCAGAGGAUGGGAAUGGCCAGGAUGUUUUACCACAAACCUAAAUACGCCCUGCUGGAUGAGUGCACGAGUGCUGUGAGUAUUGAUGUGGAGGGCAAAAUCUUUGAAGCAGCAAAGGAUGCUGGGAUUGCGCUUCUCUCUAUUACACAUCGUCCGUCUCUCUGGAAGUACCACUCCCACUUGCUGCAGUUUGACGGUGAGGGCGGCUGGCACUUUGAGAAGCUGGACGCCUCCACGCGGCUCUCCCUGCAAGAUGAGAAGCUCCGACUCGAGACCCAGCUCUCGGGAAUUCCAAAGAUGCAACAGCGCCUGGCAGAGCUGUGCCACAUUCUGGGGGAGGACAGCAGCCUGCCGAACCCAGGGGAGGACGAGGAGAAUGAGAGAGAUGUAAUGUCUGCUGGAAAAGACAAAGACCUUACAGAGUGAUUUGCAGACAGAUGACAGAUGUGUUCAAGGCCAGGUGUGUGUGUUUGUGUGUGCGCAUAAGAGCUGGGCGAUAUAGCUAUAAAAUGAGAAAAAAUCUCUAUAGUUUACAGCCUAUUAACGAUUUUCAAAAUAUACAUUAGAUAUACAGUAUUUGCUCUGAAAUUGCUUAAUGGUGUUUGUUUUUUUUAAUCAGAGGAACCAUAAUUUCAACUAAACAGUCAUUGUUGCCUACUAAAUGGAAAUUGCUAAAUUUAAAAAGUUAAAUAAAGUUACUAGUUAAAUAUAAUAAAAAAGCAUGUUUUCCACACUGUUAUACUAAGUGACAACAAAGAAGAAUGUUAUAUUUACAAAUAUCACAAUAAACGGUAAUAUUUACUUAUAUAUUGUAUAUUCUCACUAAAGCAUUUAUCACGUUAAAAACGGCAUGUGGAAACUUCCGUGAACGUUUUGGAGCGAUGACCCAAAAUAGUCCGAGUUGUUUUGAACUGAUUCACUUAAAACGACAGUUUGAGCUGAUUCACGGAAAUAAAUCAAACUUGGCUAACAAAGUUUUUUUUGAUACUUAACCCUUUAAGCUCGGAUGGGCUGCAGAGAAAAAAAUUAUCAAAAUAUUAAUAACUACUUUACAGAGUUGACCAACACAAAAUAGGUGUUGCUUUAAAGCUUAAAAGCUGUACUUUACAAUGCAUAUAGGCAUUUUGACCAACACUGAUCAAGUGCUUUGAAAUUGCACUUGUUCAUUGUUCCAUUUUGAUCAUUUAUUUAAAAUUUUGCACUGUACAUAUUAGUGUUGUCAAAAGUACCGGUACUUCGGUACCAAGUUGAUACCAAAAUAAAAAAGAUGCAACGGUACCAGUUUUUCUGCAGUAUCGGUAGUACCGAGCACCGACUCAAUCCGGUACCAGUGUGCAUUAUGACUGACACACGACAGCUUUAAAAUGCUCACAGGCUUAUUUUGAAUGCAUGCUCUGUUAAUCCUUUUACACUGAAAUGGACAGUUAAUCAAUUGUGACAUGUCCUAGUGUGAUUUAUUAAACCGCUAAAGGCUGCAAUCUUAGUGUGGAUGAGAAAAAAUUGUUGUUUGUGAUGACAGAGCAGAACACUAAUCUGCUGUGAACCAUGCAACACAUGUAAACUAUAUAUUUAUAUAAUUAAAUCACAGCAUUUGUGCUCUCAUCUCAACUCAAACUUUAUUUAUCGCAUUUAAAACAACAGAGUUGACCAAAGUGCUUCACAGUAAUAAAAUUUAAAACAAAACAUUUCAAAAUUUGAAUAAAAAUAUAUUACAACUGUAUAGUAAAAUGUAAUAUUCACUGUAAUAAUAAUAAUUAAAAUAUCACAAGCAAGACAGCUGUUGAAUAAAAUUUGGCACAACAAAAAAAUAUGCAAUGACAAAGUGUUAAGUUUUAAGAAUUGAUUGAUUAGACACCAUUUUGAUUAUGAAAUUAAAUUAAACUUUGAAAAAUGUUCUGGGAAGUUCUGGAAAAUAAUAAUAAUAAUUACUAUAUUAAAAUAAUUAUGAAAUAAUUAAUAAUGACUAAACUGGUGUGUUCAGUAGCACAUUAUCAUAUUAGCAAAUUGGUAUCGAGAACCGUGAAAUUUCACUGGUAUCGGUACCAACUACUGAAAUUUUGCUACUGUGACAACACUAGUACAUAUUAUUGUAAACGGUAAAAACAUCAAACUCAUCAAAUAGCCAUGUGUCAUAAGUCAAUGGAAAGCUCUCAAAGAGUAGAAUACAACCAGCCCAUUUGUUUUACUCAGACAAAAAUAUUGCAAGUAAUAUCUAAGUAUAUGUCUUUGACAUUUUGACAUUACAUGUAAACAGGUGUUGCUAAAAGCUGCUUUUUCGCUUAUAACUUCACAAAAUAUAAACAGAACAUACAAUAUCACAUACCAUUACUUAGAGAAGGAGAUUCCCAUUAAAACGGGCCCAUGCACAAAGUAAUCGGAUGCAUAGAUCAUUAGAUAAUCCACAUGAAGCACAAUGUGCAUACAGCACAAUGUGCUAUCUAAAAACACGUUAGUUUUCCUGGAUCAGAUGACUUCAUCGGAAAUUAUGUAGUACAUUGUCCAUCGUCAUGGAACACUAAACCAAUCGUAUUAGGAUUCAGAUCGCUGCAACCAGAGUUGGAAGUCAUCCAAAUAUGGGCAGAGAGGAUUAUUCACUCUAAUUAAAUAUGGCCACAAGGAGAUGGUGCCAAGUACAUGACACAGACUCAAUAAUGACUCAAAUGACACAGAAUGGAACUGAAUGAGGUAUCUUUACUCAUGCCUGCAUGCAGUGGAGAGAGAGCAUACCUUUAGACAUUGUGUAAUUAGUUCUUAUGUACAAUUAUUAUGUUUUAUUUGUUUGGAGAGGCUUUUGAACACUUGGAGACGUUUUUUUGGACACUAGGAUAAAUUCUUUUUGUAAUGGAAUAGCUUUUGAUUGCUUUGUAUCAACGCAAAAUUUUACUCAGUUACAGGUGACAUGAUUGGGAACAAAACAGUUUUUCUGAGCUACCUUAUUUACACCCUGAGAUAUUAAAUGCCAAAUCAGAAAAAUAAGAAAAAAAGAAAUUUUUUGGCUCAAGAAAGUCUCAGUUUAUCAUAAUCUAUAUCAUAAAAACAUGUGAAAAAUUUUCUUUAAAAUAAUACCAAAUAAUUGACCCUCUUGAGUUUUUUUUUUUUUUUUUUUUUUUUUUUGUAGAGUUAUAAGUCUUUAAUUUUGGGCAUGCCACUAAAACAGGAAAUCUUUAAAAACACCUUCAGAGCUUAAAGGGUUAAGUAAUAGCUAAGUAUAUGUCUUAGACAUUUUGACAUUACAUACAGGUAAGAGAUGCUAUUAAAACAUCUGACUUGAUGCUCUCUUAUGACAAUUGCAGAACUUGUCUUUAGGAAACUGGAUGGCUGAUUAAAAAGUGCAUUAACUGCAUAGAAAUAUUUGCAACAUGACUUAAUUUUGCAUCACAAGCAAAACCAUUGCAAUUACUGUAUAUGAUGAAUAUUCAAAAUAUCGUCAGCCCUAGUUUGCAUGUAUUGAAUUUAUUAAGUAAAAUAAUAAAAAGACAUGUUUUCCACACUGUUAUCCUUAAGUGACCACAAGGAAGAAUGAUACUGAAUCAUUCAUUUAUAUUCACAAAUACAUAGCAAAAAACAGUAAUAAUUAUCUAAAUAUAUUUUUACUAAAGCAUUUAAAUACAUGACAAAUGCCAUGCAGAAGACUCAAGCAAUAACCCACAAGAAUAGUUAUGAGUUGUGUUGAAUCAGUUCACUGCAACGGACAAUUUGAACUGAUUUGCGGAAAUGAAUAAAACUUGGCAAAGUUUUUUUUAAACUUAAGUUUACAUAAAGGUUUAGAGAUGCUAUUAUAACAUGUUUUACUGCUGUCAUACAGGAAACUUGAUGGCUGAAAAAAGCAACUAUCAAAUCAUCGCAUAUAUAUCGUGAUUAUCAGAUAUAUAUAUGACCCAGCUGUAGUCUGAAUGUUUCUGCACACAAAUGUUGAGUUUAUAAUGUGUUUCGAAACAGAAAACGCACAGCAGUGAACUCUUCUAGAGCUUUUGUUAGCUGUACAAAGACAAUGCAGUUGUGUUUGUUUAUGUGUGUGUGUGCGUGUGUGUUUGAUGGUAGUACUCCAGACAGGGUGUGUUUUGAUGGGGGGAUGAGACAGCUGCCAACUCGACCAGGUGCGGACGAUGAUGAAAGCACCUAUGAAAGCUGUUCCUCUCGCUCGCUAUUGCUGUUCUCUGAAGAAUUCCCUGGAAAUCUGCACAACCCAGGCAAUGUGUGUGUGUGUGUGUAUGCGUUUGUUUGUCUUUAGGGAAAGGGUGAGAGUCAAUUUUGGGCUCUACUGUUUUGUGUCAUACUGUGCUGUUCAGUGGUGUAUUUUUAAAUACAGUCGCCAUGAAUGUUGUAGAUUAAAUCCGUGCCUUGUUUUACUAAAUAAUAAUAAUUUGGACAAUGACCAUGUUUGCAUGCACAUGAAUAUUAUAAUUUUAUCAUAUUCAAAUUAUGUUUGUAUCAUGGAAACUUGUUAACCCAGUUGCCAGCCUGAUUAUUAAUAUUCAGUAUUAAUAUUCGUCAAUAUUCUGUUUAUUAGAAGUCUGAAUAAGACAGCUGGAAAGUGCCUGUAUUAAUUGGAAUUCUGUGUCAUGUAAACACCUUAUUCAGAAUAUCCACUGUAACAGAAUAUUAACUGCAUGUCAAAAUGAAAGUUAUGAUUGCUACAAGACAGGCAGUUGAGAAAAUUCAAGCUAUCAAAACACCUUUUUGGAGCAAGGAUGGGACAGUUUUUAUUUAUUUUAGAUACAUUAACAGAAAUGAUCAUAAAUCAGUAUACAGAUUGACCUACAUUUUGUAAUUAAUUGCAUUCUUGUAUGCUGUUGUCAAGGACAUAAAUGAGAAUUAAUGAAAUGACAGUGCAGAAUUACUAAAAAAUGAAUUGAAAUAAAUGGCAAGAGCAUCUGUAUUUACACAAGAGAACGGAAAGAAAAGAACAUGCAUGUUUUAGUUUAUUUGGAAUAUGUUUCCAAUAGCUUUGAUGCAAGUCAAAGUCUUUUUGGAAUGAAGGCUUUAGCAAAAUACGAACAUGUGCAUGUAAACAUGGUCACCAAUACAUUUUUUAUUUUAAAAUGUAGCUUUAUUUCCUUUUUAGUUUUUGUGUUAACAUUAUAAACAAUCAGUGAGAAGCACCUUAAAAGGAAAAAUUUCCAAUAAAAUUCAGUUUCCUUGUUUUAUUUUUAAAGAGGCCCUAUUAUGCUUUUUGGGAUUUUACCUUCCCUUUAGUGUGUAAUAUAGCUGUUUGUGCACGUAAAAGGUCUGCAAAGUUACAAAGCACAAAGUCCACGCCAAAGGGAGUUACUCUCUCCCACAGAAAACACUGCUCCUGAGCUGCCUGAAACGUCUGGUUUGCAGUCCAGCGAUUACUUCCGUAACUUAGCUAUGUCACUACGUAACACAUUUGCAUAAUGCCCGCCUAAGGGCUACUUUAAGCUGAAACGCGGUUAUGGUGAGGGGCGUUACAUUUCCGACACACGCUCUACGCAGUUGACCAAUCAGAGCAGACUGGGCUUUUCGGAAAGGGGGGCUUUAAAGAGACAGGAGCUAAAACGGAGCGUUUCAGAUAGAGGGUGAAAAGAGGUGCUGCAGCAAUGUACAGUAUGAGAAAUUAUUUUUUAGUAGUUUUUUUUUUUUUUUUUUUUUUAAAACGCCUCUCUCAGGUGGUAGAGCGGGUUGUCCACUAAUCGCAGGGUUAGUGGUUCGAUUCCCAACCCACAUGACUCCACAUGCCGAAGUGUCCUUGGGCAAGACACUGAACCCCAAGUUGCUCCCAAUGGCAGGCUAGCGCCUUGCAUGGCAGCUCUGCUGUCAUUGGUGUGAGAGUGUGUGUGAAUGAGACACAGUGUAAAGCACUUUGGAGAACCGUUAAGGUUAAAAAGGCGCUAUAUAAGUGCAGACCAUUUACCAACAUUAAAGCAUGUAAACCUAUUCUAGUAGACCCCCAAAAAUAAAAUUCUGAACCUGUAAAUGAGCAUAAUAUGGGCUCUUUAAAAGAUAGACAUCAGUUGAACUCCAAUUUCUAAUUAUGACAAUUAGAGAUGUUUUUCUAAUAAUUAAAAUAUCAUGUCCUAAUUUUCUACAAAAAGCCUGAGGGUAGAUCUGAUAUGACUUUCAGAAAUUAAAAACAAUACUUGAUUGUUUUAGUCAGAGCACAUGGCCUGAAGGAGCGCCCACAAUGACUCAUCAUUAAAUCGGUUCUGUUUUAGCAAGAGGUGAUGCAUUGUGAAACAUUUAGAUAUUUGUGUUUGUUUUAGGGGGAUUACCACUAUAGUAAACCUAAAUAUUAACAAGGCCAGCCGAGACAUUUCUUUAAAGUGUCCUUAGAAUUUCACAUUUUUUACGAUUUUAAAAUGCUCUUGUCUCUUGUUGUGUGCUUAAAAAAAAAAUUAAAAAUUUGAUGAUUGUAAUAGAAUAUAAUUGACUGCUUUAAAAGAAAUUACCUUUCAAAUGGAAAAAUAUGUCCACAAUAUUUGUAUGGCAUUGAAUUUUAUAAUAAUGUCUGCAUUUCUUUCUCAAAUAUUUUAUAAUGUGAGAUUUUGCACAAGUAAUGCACAGAUAAUUUUGUAUCUUGAACCACAAAUGUAUCCUCUUUUCAUUGCAUUGAUUAGUGUAAGACACUUCAAUCUAAUAUAUUACCUUUCUCACACAAAUGUAUUGUUUUCUUUAAGUAUGAUACAAGUGGUUGUGAUGUAAAUGAUUCAAAAUUAGACCCUUUGCACAUUUGCCUAAAACAUUUUAAAAUCUGUAUACUUGCAAUCUAAUAAAACAUUUCCUCUUGAGAA